UCCCACUCACACUCUCUGUCAGAGCGCGGCGUUGACAGCCACUGGCCACUGAUCAGCCCACUUUGUCGGGGUUCGCGUCUCCAUGCAAGACUGCUGAAAAAGAAGCUCCCACUUUCUUUCCUCCGCCAGGCAGAGCAGCCACGACACCGAGCCCGUCCACGGCGACACCAAGCACAAGUUCAUUUUUUUCUAGACGCACCACUGUCUCGCAGCCCCCGCUUCUUGCACCAUGUCUGGAGAGGACGCACCUGCCCAGCAGCAAAACGCCGUGGACCAGAAGCAGGAGACCAAACCGGCCGAGGAGCCCAAAGCCGAGCCGCCCAAGACGGAGUCCGCGCCCGCCGCCGCCGCCGAGGCUGCUGCCACCCCGGCGGCGACCACCGCCGAGAAGGUCCCCGAGGAGGAGACGUUCACCUACCGCGCUCUGGUACUCACCGGCUAUGGGGGCUAUGAUAAGGUGAAGCUGCAGGUGAAGAAGGGGAAGCCGGCGCUGAAGGCUGGAGAGGUGCUGGUGCGGGUCAAGGCGUGCGGGCUCAACUUCGCCGACCUGAUGGCCAGACAGGGGCUGUACGACCGGCUGCCGUCCCCGCCGGUCACCCCCGGGAUGGAGUGCUCCGGGGUAGUGGAGGCUGUGGGGGAAGAAGUGACGGACAGAAAAGUGGGCGACAGGGUGAUGGUGCUGAACCGCUUCGGCCUGUGGCAGGAAGUGGCGGCGGUGCCAGCCAGCCACACCUUCCUCAUCCCAGAGGGGAUGAGCUUCGAGGAGGCAGCAGCGCUCCCCGUCAACUACAUCACCGCCUACAUGAUGCUGUUCGACUUCGGCAACCUGCGGCCCAACCAGAGCGUCCUGGUCCACGCUGCUGCAGGUGGUGUGGGCAUCGCCGCCACUCAGCUGUGCAAGACGGUGAAGGACGUGACUGUGUUCGGCACCGCAUCGGCCAGCAAACACGAGACCAUCAGCCAGGGUGGAGUCACGCACGCCAUCGACUAUCGCACCAAGGACUAUGUGGAGGAAGUCCGCAAGAUCAGUCCAAAAGGACUUGACAUCAUACUGGACCCCCUGGGAGGAUCAGACACCCACAAGGCCUACAACCUGCUGAAGCCCAUGGGGAAACUCAUCACCUAUGGUGCUGCUAACAUGCUGGCAGGUCAGAAGAAGAACCUGAUUGCUGUGGCCAAGAACUGGUACCACCAGUUCUCCAUCCACACGCUCAGCCUGAUCCAGGGCAACAAGUCAGUGUGCGGCUUCCACCUGGGCUACCUGGACGGGGAGACAGAGCUCAUCUCCCAGGUCAUGAGCACCGUCCUGGACCUCUACAAGCAGGGGAAGAUCAAGCCCCGCAUUGAUUCCACUUGGCAUCUGGAGCAGGUGGGCGACGCCAUGAGAAAGAUGCAGGAGAGGAACAACAUCGGCAAGGUGAUCCUCACCACGGAGCCAAUGCCCGAGGAGGAGAAGAAGGAGGAGGCCAAGAAGGAGGACAAGAAGGAGGACAAGAAGAAGGAGGACAAGAAGAAGGAGGACAAGAAGAAGGACGAUGGCAAGAAGGAGGAGAAGAAGGACGACAAGAAGAAGGAGGAGCCCAAGAAGGAGGAGAAGAAGGAGGAGGAGAAGAAGGAGGAGGCCAAGAAGGAGGAGAAGUGAGGGGGAAGGGAUGGAGAGUCGAGCAGACCAGCAGCGAGGGAGGAUGUAACCGGGAGGGGUGAGGAGGGGUGAGGAUGGAGGUGGCGAUGUGGAUGGAUGCGGGUGGAGGGGGAGGCGAGGAUGGGAGGGAGUUUAGAGGGAUGGAUGAGGAAAUGAUCAUGUCAGUCUUUCACCUCUGGCCGAGAUGCAACCACAUCCACCCCCACUGGCAUUUAUCUCAGUGAAAAGAAAACCCAAAUCACUUGUCAUCCCUUAGAAGAUCCAAAUUUCCCUACAAAUCUGAAGAUUACACAUUUUCACCACUGUUUACAAUCUGACAGGCCAGAAAGAACCAGACACUGUCAGCUCUGAAUGCUCCAAACCAGUUUGAAAACAUGCAAGUUUAGAGAAUUUAAGACUUAAGAAUUCAAAAUAAUGCAGCUUUUUUAAAGCUUUAGUGCAAAAGUUGUAGUUUAGAAAAGUUUUCCACCACACCAAAGUCUAUAACUCGCUUUGUUACGGACUCUUAGGAUACUUCUGCAUCAUUUUUCAAAGUGUAGAAUGGUCUGACACACCUAUCAAAAUCGUAAAAGAAACUUUGUUCAUGACUCAUUUCAAAUUUCUCAGCUGAUGUUGCAUCUUUUCAUGCAAUCAGAAAUUUUUCUUUGUAACAGAAGCAGAAACUGAGCAAAAUACUGGUGAAAAUCAGACCUUACCCAAAGAUUUUUAAUGGUGAAUGAUCACAAAACACCAGUGCUUGCUGAUGCUCAAAGCUAGUUCUGUGUGCAAAACAAAACAAGAUUGUGACUUUACAGUGACACAUGGAGUAACUUGCUUUGUUAUGGACUCUUAGGACACUUUAACGUCAUUUUUCAAAGCAUAGAAUGGUCUGACACACCUUGAAAAAUGUCAGAAACACGAGUCUGUAGCAAAAAUUUCUCAGUUGAUGUGACGUUUGUAACAGAAGCAGAAAAUCAGCCUGGUGACAAAAUGCAGAUGAAACUGAGACCUAACCCAAAGUUAUAUGGUGAUUUCACACUUGAAAGUUCACCCAAUAUGCACCUUUUUUAAGUUUUUCUGGCGAAUCUGGUCAAAGCGGAUUCUAGUAAAAGUCAUCCUGAACAAAAAACAGAUUUUGGGUUUAGAUUGUAACAUCUGGAGUGGAUUUAAAACUGACACAGCUCAAAUGUGAAAAUUUCAUGCAUCUCUUGCAACUAUUAACUUAAAAAGUGCAAAAUUUGUACUUUGAGGGCCUGUAACUCUGAAAAUAUUCACAGUAUGAAGGUCAAACUUUGCAUGGCUUCAUUACAUGGAAUAAAGUUACUGUCGAUAAAAAAAAAUCAGCUGAUUCAGGUGGGAGGAAGAUCGCCGGAGACUUUAUUCCUUUUGGAGAAUGCCGUGGAGGAUUGUGGGUCCAGGCCUGAUGUUGGAGGGUUUAUGGAGGCGGGGAGCAAAUUGCUGUUACCUCGGUGACGGUAAUCCCCCGCUCUGGCCCCGCCCUCGACCCCUCGUGCCCCUCCGCCGCCACCUUCAACUCCCACUGUGCUAAACUGUUCUGCUCUGACUUCCACCUGCCGCCUCCACUUUCCCCCCCUCACUGUGCUGAGUCCCCACCCCCCACCUCCCCCUUCAACCUCCUCACCUUCCUCACCCACACACACACACACACACACACACACACACACACACACACACACACACACACACACACACACACCCAAACACACACACACCUCCCACACCCACGCACCCACGGGCCGAACCCACUGACGGGCGCAAAGGCAGGCAGAUAAACUAGAACCACACCCACCCACACUCUUCCUCGCCGUCUCGGUUAUGUCAGCAAGGAUGAGUCAGAGAGGCCUGUGAUUGGCCGUCCAGCCCUCCCCCCACCACCACCACCACAGGAGAUAUGUGCAUCACGGUUUUCUGAUCAUGAUCUGAGGCCUUUGCAAUUUAUCGGCUUAAGCACCCAAAAAUUUAUCGUGAAGUCGCCAUGGCGGCUUCUUGAAUAUGAAUUAUUUCCCUCAUAAUGAGCCUUUUCAGCGCCGCGUUGAAUAGAAAAAUCAUCACCCGGCUUCCUCUCUCCAUAGCUACAGAUUUUUUUUUCUAGCUGACCAACUGUUGGCAAGAGGCGCUCGGUGCCAAUUAAGAGAGUUUCUGUUCAAACGAGCCACAAAUGCACACGAUUCUCUGAAUGAAAGGGGCACUGUAGCACCAAGAGACAGUAAAGAAACCAGUUUUCUCCUUUUUUAUUGCCUCCUCGAUGCUUUCAAGGCGACCAGAGAGAAGAGGAUUCAGCUCAAGCCGGCGUCCAUACUUCCCCUCCUCCGUCUCCCUCGUCUUUCCAUUUCCCUCUCUAUGGUCGGCAUAGCAACAGGCGUCAGAGAUGGCACUGUUGCUCUGACUCCCUCCUCUCCCUUAGUCUCCCUUUUUUUUCUGCCUUCCCGUAUUCGGCAACAGGUGUACAAUGAAUUAAAGAUAAAAAAGGGCAGCAAAGAUGAAGCGCUUUUUUAAAAAAGGAAUGUGUAAUUUGUGAUUUAUCCCUGACAAUGUACGCUGGCUAAAAUAGCGCGCCGCUCCCCCUAAUGGACAGAAUCCUCAGUAUUUCGGCACAGAUGCUCCUGGGUGGUCUCUCUGAAUCUAGUUUAUCCACCUGCCUGUUCGUCUCUGAGUCCGGCCUCAGUGUCAAGACUCAGAUGGUGACUAGUGACUUUGUAAAAAAAAAAACAAAACAACAAAACUGAAAAAAUGUAUGGAGAAAAAAAAGAGUGGAGAAAAAAAACGUUGUGUUAGCAUGAGUGGCCUCCCCUCAUGUGCUGUGUGUGGUGUGCCAUUGUGUGUGAAGACGUGUGUGUCCUCAGGUCUAUGUCAGGUUUUAAAAGCACCCAAACUUCCUACCAAACCCCCACCACAUAUCCCCCCCUCCUUUACACUACUCCGGCUACAGUAUUAUGUAGCUCCCUUCUCACUCCUGUCUGAUAAGAGGCCUGUGUUUUACGAGGACAAGUUGGUAUUAGUAUUUUGCACUCUGCUCGCUGAUCUUAAUGCACUUGCAAGCGUGGCAGUCGCACUCCGAGCUCCACCUGCUUUGAUUUUCCAGCUUCUGCAGCUACAUCAUCAUCAUCAUCAUCAUCCACUCACAGCUGAAAGCACAGGUGGCACAAAAAUGAAAAAAAAAAAGCAAAAAAAAAAAAACCCCAGCUCCCCCAGGCCAACUUUCUCCUCCUGGGUGGCAGCUAAAAUCAAAGCAUUCAUGCAUCCUCGGCUGCGGGAAGUAAAACGUGGAGGAAGCGGCGGUGGAGGCCGGAGUGCGAGCGCCACGCUGGUUGUGGGGAGUGAUUGUGUCCUGUCAGCCUCCUGGUUAGUGUUCCGUUCUAAUCUGCUGGGCUCCCUUUGUGAACCUGUGGACGGUGCUUCUGUUCCAAGUGCCAUGUGAGAAACAAAACGCUUCAGUUACAACAAAAAAAGAAAAAAAAAAAAGAUGUUUUACUUACUGUUAUUUUAAUUUACCUUUAUAUUUUUUUUGUUUGUUCGUUCGUUUCGUUAUCCAAGGGUUUAAAGUUCAAAGCUCAUACUCUAUAUGUGGGGACCUGCCAACCUGCACUCCUUUUAAAUGUGACUUUCUGUUGGUCCGAACCAUGUGUGCCAAAUGUAUAUUCCUCUGUCGAUGCUUUGAAUAUUAUUAUAACAGUGCAUAAAAAAAUAUGAAGAAAAAUUCUGUUUUUUUUGGAUGCAUUUUCCGAAAAGUCGUCACAGCGUGUCAGAUUUGUAUCCCAAAAAAAAGGUCACGGGUGCUGACAGAAUUUUUUGCUGCAGUUUACAACAAAAAAGGUUGAACACAAUUUGUACGUUUUUUUGGAUUUGGGUUGCAGUCUUGCUCCAGUGUAGGCCUGCUUUGUGCCUCUCUCCUCGCACAGCUUACCUCAGUCCGAGGCCCCCCCUUCUAUCCUUUUCACUGUGUUUUACCAGCUCUCACAUUGUGGUGUUUACAACUUUUAAUAUCAGUGUCACAGUGAAAAGGAACCGGACACGGUGCGUUCACGACUCCACCAAAAGAGGUUCACGAGAAAAUCUGCAAAUUUCCCCCCCAAUGCUCCACAGUAUUCCUCUCUAUGGAUUCCAGUUUCUUUCAGUUUGUUUCCAAAAUGGUUCCUGUGACAAGCGAGGGAGCAGAUGUUUUCACACAGCUGUGCAGGGCUGCCAAUACUGUAACACAGCUGAACAAACCCCCCCACCACCACCACCACCACCGCUUACUGGCUGAUCGCAGCUCAGCCUCGACCCGCUCCAGACACAACAUUUCCGCUUUACAGCUGAUCUCAGUUAACUUGAAGGAUUGUUCCUCUUCUCCAGAGCUGCAUCUGCAGAGCCAAAAACUCCAUAUCAGCCCCUUCCCCUCCACAUAAAAUAAAACAUCACAUCUGGAAUUUGAAAUCGCAUGCAUCCAUGUGCAUGUGGAAAACAGAUUAGAAUUCUUUUUUUUCAUGCUUUCAACAUUCUCCUCUUGGCUCUUUAGCGCUAAGAUGCCUUUGAGAUGAACUCAAUCAGCAGGGCGGGUGUUUCAUGUCUGGUUCGAACUGAAGCCCACCCCUCUUUCUGCUUCGACCUGCCGUCUGAGAGCUUUUCCAUCAUCUUGAAACGCUUUCCCAGCCAUUCCAGACACUUAUGCAAGAGUGCUUAGCAACUCAGAGAUGCACUGGAGACAAAACAGUGUUUCAAAGUACAAAUACACAAAUUUUCUGCAGUUUUAGAUUUGAUAGGACUUGAUUCACACUCAUAGCUUUAGCUCAGAAAAACACAGUGAGUGUAGUAUUUCCAAUAGCUUCUGUCUGUCUUGGCUUGUAGCUGAAGUCCUUCACAGGCGCCCACCGUUCAGCUCUGAGGUGAAUUUCGUUCUUUUCUAUGGUUUCUCAGGUCAUUCCAAACAGCAGUUUUCCUCAUGUAAGAAACCACUUAACUUUGCAUUUACUAACACACACACACUCGUCAUUGUUUCACUGAGUUCACUGCACAAACUGUCACACCAGUUUUCCGUCACGCCAUCCAUGUUUGAUGUAAGCUUUAGUAUUCAGAGUCAAACGGAGAGGAUCCGUCAGCGGCUUCAUUUCCAGUUUCCGAGCCGCCACGUUUCGCUCGUCCACACUGAGAACCCAAACAGCCACAUCUGCCUGCAGCUACUGUUUCGUUCACAGCCGUUUUCUAAAGGUGUUGCAAUGCAGCGGCAUUGCAGAGAUGCUAAGAAAGUGCAACCUGGCUGGGCUUGUCAUUGUACAGUACUAGAAUGCAUGUUUAGUCAGUUUAGAAAAUAAGGCAUGUGUGUAUGUACAGCUCACUGUCUUUUUCCAUGUUAGUUUAGUCGUCAUGUGGUGGUUUGGUGUGAAAGAGGAGAUGCCAGUCCGCUGCCCCCGUUGCCACCUGUCCUCACCUUCAGCAUGGGCACUGCCAGCUGGUUUACUCAUGAGAAAUCCUAACCAAAUCUCUGGGAAUGCUUCAGUAACACAUCCAUCCCACCACACCACUUAGAGUUCAGUCACCGCUGGUAAUUUCCUACAAGGCAUACCCAACAGGUUGACUUCUAGAUCUCCUUUCCUCUGUCCUACCUUCUGUUGUUCCUUUUUUUAAAUUUUUGUUUUCCUGGUUGCAAAACACACUUCUUCUCGUCUCGACUUUGUUUUUUAAACCCUUUGAAUUGAUGCUGCUUCUGUGCUUGACUCUGGGUUUACUGCGUGGUGCCAUGUUGUCCACAUGGCCUUUAGAGCUUGUAACGCUUCAGUGUGUAAUGUUACCAUAUGCCUUACAUGUUUUCCAGGACUAAUAAAAAAAGCAUAACAAAAAAAAAAA